AUGAACGCCGUGCCCCCACCCUCCUUUAAAUCUUCCCCUCGCUCUUUGGCCUCUCCCCAGCAACCCGCGACUGAGCACAGGCAGAUACCCAGGCAGAGAAGGGAGGAGAAGACGGAGGCAGGAGAACACCGCGGGGCGACGCGAGACCUGAGCCCCGACUUCCCCCCAAUCCCGCGGCAGGCAGCCCAGGCAGAGGGGAGGCCAUGCCCUGGGAGCCACGCCAAAGAGAAAAAGUGGGCUACGCCAAAUGCCGGAGACCAGGGGACGUCCACCACACCGGCAAGUGACAACAAGCCCAACCCAAGGCCCGUGGGCCCCAAGAGGCCCCGCCGACGACCAUGGCGGCAGGAGGACAGCGGCAGCCGCCGCGGAGGGAUGCGGUAUGACACUAGGGAGCACCUCCCCGGUACCCGGUACAAGGAGACACAGCUCCGGCCGGGCCAACCCGGGAGGGAACUGUGGCAGCCGCAUACACCAUCCACCCCCAACCCCACUCCACCCCACCCCAGCUGGCCAGGCAAAGGGCCCCAGCCCCGGGGCGGCACCCGCGUGGCAUCCCCGUUCGCCCACGAGACCACUGCGUGCCCAACGGGACCCACACAUGACCAGAUGCAACCAGACAAGCCCAAGCCAAAAACCCCGGGGCCAGGACCGGCGAUGGGACAGCACAGGGCAGGACACCAACAAACUCCACCUGUGAAGCUGACAGAAUGUCAUAAUAUUUUUGAACAGGUCCGAGAAGGACAGGCGUUUUCUCUGGGCUGGAUGUCAUUAAAAAUGGAGUUUCAUGCAGAGAUUCACCUUCCAGCAGAAAAACAACCCUAA